GAUUCAGAUGAUAAUUUGACGCCCUGCUCUUCGAAAUUGAACCGCAGCAUUGACAGCGCCUGUGUUCUGCGUGGAUUUCACAACGUCAGCCAUUCAGCUCUUCGAUGGAUCGGCAUCUAGAGGUGGACAUCGACGGCUCCCCAGGCCGGGAGGUUGGCGUUGUACCAGCGGUGAAACAACUUCAACGCAAUUCUAUGCCACCACCAUCGGCUGAUUGGACGAAUCAAUUCAGUCCCAGUGGUGUUGAUGAAUAUCACCCUUUUGUGGAAGCGUUGCUGCCGUAUGUAAAGGAUUUCUCAUAUGUGUGGUUUAACUUGCAAGCUGCAAAACGGCGGUACUUCAAAAGACAUGAGAAACGAAUGACACUUGAGGAAGAGACUGGCGUCAAAGACGAGUUGAUGAAUGAACGCGCUGAACUGAAGCAGAAAUGGGCAGCGCGAUUGCUUGGAAAACUUAGGAAAGAUAUUCAACCUCAGUAUCGCGACGACUUCGUCUCAUCGGUGACUGGCCAACAGCCCGCUGUAUGUGUUCUUUCUAAUCCGGACCAAAAAGGAAAAAUGCGACGUAUCGAUUGUCUGAGGCAAGCCGAUAAAGUGUGGCGGUUAGAUUUGGUCAUGGUCAUCCUUUUCAAGGGCAUCCCACUUGAAAGCACAGACAGUGAGCGUUUGGAGAAAUGUGCUGAGUGUGUCUUUCCCGCUGUCUGUGUGAAUCCUUAUCACAUUUCCAUAGCCGUGCGUGAAUUGGAUUUGUUUCUUGCAAACUUUAUCCGCACCGGCAAUCCAAACGAAAAGAAUGUGCGAGAAGAAAAACCAGAAGAAAAGCAGAAAGUAGAUAUUUUGAUGAACGAUAUGGGUCCGGAAGGUAUCUGGGGUACCGGCGUCUUCUCAGCUUUUGAAUUGAAAACAUUAACAAAGCCUUCAAUCGUAACUUGUUCUUCCCUAACAAACGGACGACCUGUGAUGCAAACCAUUCGAAAAAACGACACAUCGUCGUGGAUCUCGGCUCUUUCUUCGAAUAAUUCACCUCUUGAUGGGAGUCUCCCAUCUUCUCCACCUCCUAGCGCGAUGGCAGCUAUUAAAGCACUCGCGGAAUCAGAAUGCCAUUUACCGGGUACAACCUCAGGAACACUGCGAUCAUCGAACUCCAUUCCUCAAGUGGGCGCUGUGGUUACAGUUGGUGUAAAUAAUGAUACGAAACAGUCACUUAUCGGAUAUACUGGGGCAGAGAACGAGGAUGAACCGAAUGAGAAAAGGAGCCGUCAUGCGUCACGAGAUUCUGCCACGAGCAGCACGAACGAGGAGGUGAGGCGAAUUGUGGAACGAGCAACGGAGAGCGGAUGGAAUGGUGGCAUGAUUGGAGAAGACGUUACCGCGGCAGAGUCGACUCGGCGGACCGAAUUUAUCGAGAAAGCACAUCGUAUCGUACAGCAACGGGAUGGGAAUCGAUUUGUGAAGAUUGUGCAAUCAGGGAGUGCAAGGAGUAAUCUACUUGCCGGUUCGCCAAAUGUCCGCAGGGUCACUUUAGCAAGUGUGGGAGGCGACGAGCAGCAGCUUGGUGUGGUAGUCGUUGACUCCCGCGGAUCUACACGGACUGCAGGAGGCUUCCAGCAAUUGGAAAGAAAUGGUGUAUCGUCUGGUGCUUACUCACAACCACAAACAUUAGCUGCUGCAUUGUCUGGGCUCUCUCCACUUGGUCGAGGUGAUCUAAUGUCUACAGCUGUUUAUCAGAGUCGGGCACCAAUGGUUUCAAGUCGAAAACGUAUCCAUUCCGUGAACACUCAUGCCGGUAAUCCGAAUGCUAUCACUCAAGCAACACUCAAUGGUCUCACACGACUUGCGGGUUCAGGAGCCGACAAUGACACUUCACCGCCUCAUGCUGUUGUAUCGCAGCUGCGGCGAUUGGAGGGAAACGGCACUGCUUAUCUGGCAAGUCCAACUAAAUUCACGACCGCUAAUGGCACUACGAUAAGUUUCAGCAAAGUGCUUGAACAAGUCGAAACACAGUACUCAAGUGGAAAAUCUCGACAUGAUGCUGUUAGUGAAUCAAAUAUCACUAGUGAAGUCCUUGCUCCACAGCCUAUUCGCACCUUUGUUACUAAACCUGAACAAUCAGCGAAGCUCAUAGCUCCAAAAGCGAUCAAUCCCGUUGCCACUAUGAAGAAAGCUUAUGAAAUGCAGCAAGCGCUUUCGGCAUGUAGUUCUGUCGUGGCUUCACCCCUAACAACCCCGAGAGUGACUCCGAUUCCGACCUCAAUGUUAACUGGAGGCGUUUCUGUUCGGACUGCAAUGAACUCGAAUGGACCCGAAGAUGAAUGCAACACUCUACUCAACGUGAUCGCCAGCAAUGGGAAUAGCAACGAUGGCAUAUUGUCAAGUCAGUUUCUUCAAUUCCUCAAUGAUUCAAAUUCGCGGUCUCCAAGUUCGACAGGAAACUCUUUACAUGCGCCGUUCAACGUAAUUGCAAGUGUUCCAGCUAGGCCGGAUAGCGUCGCUAGCAACAGUUCAAAUUCGCUCACGGGUGUGCUAUCGCUUUCGGCUCCUCCUACAAAUGCAUUGACAGUAUCACAAACUCCCACAGCUACAUCUCCCACCGUGGAUUCUACCACCAUCGAAGUGGCGAUUCGCGAUUCACUGCCGGAUUCAACGACUGCGGACUCGCCACGGUUCCAAAAUAAGUUUUUCUUGUUGAUCUUAACGACGCGACGGAUUUUGUUCGGUCUUCAGGUGAACGUUCGCGUAUUCGACACCGGAUGUGCGAUUACAAAACGAAAAGAUCUGUUCCUAAUAAGGGCAGGAGCAUACUCGAAAUUCCGUCAGUUAGCGCUUUUCUUCAUUCUUGUCUAG